AUGGCCGACCUCAACACUUCGGAAAUCGUGGCGCUCUCGGGCAACCUACGCGCCGAAUUGAAAGAAUGGGAGAGAGCCUUUGCCGCCGCCAAUGAAGGUCGAAAGGCGGAACGAAAUGAUAUCAAGCAGGUUCCGGAAAUAGCCGCCAAAUACAAGGAAUAUUCCCGACUAAAGUCCCUCGAAAAAUCCUCCAAAUACGAGAAGAAACACCGGUCCAACCAUCCCCAGGCCGAAGAACAACGUCCCAAGAAGCGCAAGCAUGCGUCGCCCACAGGUCCCGGAAAUGACCACCACACGACCCCCCGCAAGACGACCAAAGGACUAUUCGAGACGCCCUCCAAGUCGCGCAAAGACAACGCGCAUUCAUCCCACGACCUGUAUGAUUCACCAUCGGUGUUUCGCAAGCUGUUCAGCCCGUCGACGCACAUGCAUCCCUCGCCAUUGAAGGCAGCCAUCGGUCCCACGCCCCAGAGAGACGGAAAGGCGCUCGGUCUGUUUGAUCUCCUGUCGGAAUCCGGGGGCAGCACGGCGACGCCGUCGGCAACGAGAAUUGCAAGCGUUCGGGGAGAGGCUGCGCAGACGCCGUCGAAGCGGAGGACCAUGGAUACGAUUGCCGAGGAGGAUGAAGAGGAAGAGGAUGGCCCGAGAGGGGAACGGACGCCGGCGUCGUCGGGCAAGAAGUACAUGCUGUCCAACCUCUUCGCGACCCCGACUACGCUGCGCUAUGCUGCUAUGGUGGAGAAUGAGAAUGACGCCGUGCAUGCGGACGGCGAGAAACAGCACCAGGCCGGGGAAAAUGCACCGCCUGCGGAGUCGGAGACGCCAUCCUUCCUGCGACGGUCGAACCCUGCGCGAUACGGCCUUUCCAACUCCACCGGGAAUGCUGGGGGGUUGAGUCCGAUGGCCGUGCGGAAGCCGCCGCAAUUCGUGGGCAAAGGUCUGUCGGCUAUCGUGCGAGGACUGCGGGAUAUGGAGGAUGAGCGGAUGCAGGACGAUUUGGACGUGCUGAAUGAGAUAGAAGCCGAACAAGCGGCUGCGGCGAACGUCGAAGUCACCGAUAGCCAAGUGCCAGACAAUCCCAACGGGCGGACAUACAAGAAGAAGGGUCAGAAGCGAACAACGCGCAGAGUGAACAUGAAACCGGUCAUCGCGAAGCCAACGGUUCAAGCCCAAAUUCACUCGCCAGAGCCACCCGAGGAAAGUGAUGAUGACCAUGAAGAGCACGAGGAGCCCGCCGCUGUGCCGGAAACACAGCGGCCCAACAUCGCCGGAGACGACGAUGAAUUCGACUACGAUGGCUUCGACGACAUCGGCUCGCUUCACACAAUGUCGGACCCCGAUCUUGACUCGGAUCCUGAAUAUGGGGAAAAGUCUAAGCCAGCGACAAAGGGCAAGAGCUUUUCAGAGAAGAUGAAGGAGGCCAUUGGGGAACCCGAUCCUCAACCACGAGACCCUCAGGAGAAGGCACCGCCUAAGGCCAAGGCAUCCGAGCCCAAGAAGCCGCGCGAGAGGAAGGUCAAUCCGCAAGCGCAUGCCAACUAUCGAUCCUUGAAGAUUCGAAGCAGGGGCAGCAAAGGCCGAGGCGCAGGUCGUUUUGGCAGACGCCGAUGA